AUGACUUCGACACAUAUUGAUCCUGAUGCCUCCCAACCUCCUGUAGCUGCCCCAGCAGACUCUACCCUCGACCCCAUAGCCCCAGCUUCCAAAGAAGGGUCUCCAUCUGCAGCUUCGAGCUUUUCCGAUGCAUACAAGGAGCAGCCGGUCGAGGCAGUGGCGGAGGAGGAAGACAAAGGCGAUCAAGGCACAGAGGUCAGCGAUGACUAUGCCAUGACAUUUGAUUCGGAUGCGGAGGGAGGCGCAGAUAGUCACGAUAUAACAGAGGCAAAUAUUGAGCAACAGACGGAGACUUUGCCUGCAAGCGUGCCCGCCAGCGGUCUACCUCCGUCCAUUUCCAACGACUCUCUUACCAACGAAGUGCCUACAAACGGUCAAGACGCCCACUCCACCCACCCCGUCCAGACAAAUCCUCCCUCCCACCCAACGCCUGCUGAUGCAGCAGCUGCCAAUCUUUCAAGUAACCCUACAGUCCAAGUUCCGGCUAAGACCGCACCCCCCCAGACCCAUACAUAUGAGGAUAUCGCAAACGGUGGUAUAGAUAUCCAGCAGUUAUUGGACAAUAUCACCGCCAAUGCCGAGAAAAAUGAAUCAGCGUCGACAAGCCCUACUACGCCUGCCCAGAAUUCCAAUUUCUCUCUUCCCAAACCCGGUGCGGGUAUGACAGCUCAUGCAAGCCUCCCCCCACGCCCGCAAAUCCCCCCACCGCGCCCAUAUAACGAUGACAUGCAAUUGUAUCAUGCAGGCCCUUCACAAACAGCCAACCCUUAUAGGCCGCCCCCACCUCCUGGUACUACCGCAUCUCUUGUAGGUGCUGGUGCUCCAGGCACAUCUACAGAUACUAGAGGUGGACUGCCCCCUCCUCCAGCAGCAUCAUUUCGACCGCCCACAGCAGCUACAGUCCCUAUCAACCAAACCCCCUAUAACCAGCUCAAUCAUGUGCCUAUUCAAGGCCCACCGAUGCCCGUCGAGUCCCAGGAGGAUAUUGACGAAGUUGAGGCUCGAUGGGGCCCGGAAACACAGAGACUAUAUGACCAAUUCCUUGCCGAUGAGCGUAUGUAUGUGACCGAAGGCUUAUGGGAUAGGUUUCCCGUUGGUUCCCGGUUAUUUAUAGGCAAUCUCCCGUCAGAGAAGGUUACAAAACGAGAUCUUUUCCAUGUUUUCCAUAGCUAUGGUAAGCUUGCUCAAGUUUCAAUCAAACAGGCAUAUGGGUUUAUUCAGUUCCAUGACGCUGCUGCAUGUUAUGCUGCUCUCAAUCGUGAACAAGGCGCCGAAGUAAGAGGACGCAAAAUGCAUCUUGAGAUAUCAAAACCGCAGAAGAAUAGUCGCAAUGCCCAGGCCAACGCUCCGCCUCUCCAAAAAUCACGAUCACCAGAUCGGCGGCUAAGCCAAGGACAACCCGGGGGUCGUGGUGUUGAUCGUUACGAUGGGAGAGCGGGUGUUCGUCAAGACGAGUAUGGCCGACCAUUACGCAUGCGUGAUGAUUAUCGACCAGUGCGGCCUCCAACGCCACCACGAGGCGCUUUCCGUGGCCGAGAUGAAUAUACACCGCGAGGUCGAGACUCUUAUGAUAACCGAGACCGUCGGAGAAGUCGAUCACGAUCUCCAUACGGUAGGGAAAGCACGAGAUAUCGGGAGAGGAGUCUAAGCCCUAGAGGGCGCGAGGCUAUUGAGGAUAUGGACCUUCAGAUCCCUCGGCGCGAACCACGUGAUGUUCCGGACGUCCAGAUCAUCCUCAUGGAUCAGCUCGAUAGAGGUUUUGUAGCUUGGGUUGAAGGAGAGUUCCGGGGCCGUGCCAUUAAGACUGAAGUCAUGUUCCUUAGCUCUCGACUUCCACUUGAAUCCGUUAUCCGGAGACAAAUUCUUGAAGGCGUCCACGCUGUGUCCCAGCUCACCAUGAGAUCUCAGAAUAGCAGCAAGAUCCCCCUGCAGGUUUUCGAUCGUCAAGGUGGGGCUAACAAUGUCCGAUGGGAUGAGUACCAAGAUCUGGAGCCAAGGAUUGCCGCAGAACUAGUUCUUCGCGCAAAGCAGGCACCAACUCCGGUUCAAGCUCCAGAGUACACCCAACAACAAUUUGCAGCAGGACAGUCAUAUCAGCAGCCACACCAACAACCAUACCAACAGCCACAGCCUGUACCAUAUCAACAACCACAACCUACACCAGGACAGCCAUACCAACCACCUGCAGCUGCAGCUGCACCAUCAGCCCCCAAUCUCGCCAACCUGAUUGGUCAAUUGGAUAGCAAUGCUGCGUUGCAAAACCUCCUAGGUUCUUUCAAUAUUCCUCAACAGCAGUCAAAUGCACCUGCCAUUGCUGCUAAUUCUGCAAUCGAUCUCGCUGGUCUUCUUGGCGGCCUCCAACAGUCACCGCCGCAGCAAGGUUAUGCACAGCAAGCACCACAACCUGCUGCUGAUCAAUAUGCUGCACUUGCUGCCAACCCUUCGCUUGCUUCUCUUCUGGGGGGGAGUGCGGCAUCAGUACCAGCUCAGGUUACGAACCAGCAGUCUGCACAGCAGGUUCAGAAUAUCAUGGCUCAGCUUGCUAAAUUCCGGAAGUAG